ACUCUUCCUCUUCCUCUUUUACCUUUCCUCUCAUCUCAAAGCCAAACUGCCCCCCAUCGCACGAAAGAACGACUUCUUCAGUCGAAUUUCUUGUUUGCAUCUCUCUGUCUUGCAGCGUUUGUCUGAAAUACCAUUACAACCAGCAUCGUCAACCAUUCAACCGUGUGCUUCCCUUUUUCUUUUUCUCCCCCCCCUUUACCCCCAACCCACAGACAGUCUUGACUCUCGACUGCCGAAAGGGAGAAGAGAGUUAAGGCGCCCUCAAGGUUGACAAGCUGGACUUUGACGCCCGUGUCCCCAUCCCAUUCAGUGUCUUCCCGUCAACAUACAGGAGUGACGCUUCUCAACAGGAAACUACCAUCACAAGGGUAGAAGGGGAAGUUCAGCUACCCAACACCUCCUCGCGCGUCGGACGGGAAGAUACUCGAAUCAGCAAGGAGGACAUCGAUAUCAACUCCAGAGACAACCGUCCACGCCGCGAGCAAGACAUUCAGAUCCGUCACGAACGUAACCGUCGCACGGAGGUAGAACUAUCUCGUGAACAGCACCGUGCACCAGCCGAGCAGCGCCAGUCUACCAACAUCGACAUCGACGUCGGCAGCAACAGAGGUCAGACCAUCGACCGCAAUUUUGAAUCCCAGCUCGACAUCACCGAGCGAGAAUACCGCCGUCGCAUUCAGCCAACCUACGACGUGGAAAUCGAACGAACUCGUCCAGGCGUCGAAGCCACAAUAACAAGGAAGAGUAUCACACUCGACAAGCCUAACAGAGGCAUGGAAGACGACGACGAUCGCCGCAGCUUCCGCCGUGGAGUAGUGCGCGCCGCUGAUCGCAUCAUGCACCCUUUCAGCCACAAUCGUCGUGGUGGUGACCGUAAUGAUGAUAUUAUCAUCACUGAAGAACGGACCAGCAGACCUACCAGUGGUGUCGACGAGAACAUCCGCUUUGUGGAACCUCGUUUCUCCCGCCGCGGUGUUCCAAUUCAGUGCCAUUUCAUCCGCAUUGGAGACAUUCUUCUCCUCCAGGGUCGUCCCAGUCAAGUCAUUCGCAUCACCAUGUCAUCCCAGACUGGUCAAUACCGCUAUCUUGGUGUAGAUCUCUUCACCCGUCAACUCCACGAAGAGUCAUCCUUCGUCAGCAACCCCCAGCCCUCGGUAGUGGUCCAGACCAUGUUGGGACCUGUGUUCAAGCAGUAUCGUGUUUUGGACAUUCGUGAAGAUGGCAAUAUCGUGGCCAUGACCGAGACCGGUGACAUUAAGCAAAGCAUUCCGGUUGUUGACCAGGGAGGAUUGUUUAGAAAGAUUGAGAGGGCGUUUAACGAUGGUCGAGGAAGCGUCAGAGUACUUGUCAUCAACCACCGUGGCCAGGAACUGAUUGUUGACUUGAAGAUCAUUCACGGCUCAAGGUUGUAGGCAGGUAUGGGGUAGGGCACAUGAUUGUGGGCAGUGAUUUGGGUGUAGUUGGGAAGGGCGAUGUGAAGAUCACAGAUAGCAUGUACAGGGACGUGGAGCCCGGUCGGUAGGUAGGAAGUUUAAUGAAACGUCUUGAUCUCUUA